AUGAGUGCAUCUGAUGAGGACAUAUUACCCAAUUGUAGAAAUGAUUUUAAUAGAUAUGGUAAAGAUAAUCGAAAUUGGCCUUAUAAUGCUUAUUCAUUGUACUGUACUAAAUUUUGUACACGAAUAUUAUGUGCUAGGAAUUCGCAGAAUUUUAAUAGAUCAUGUAUGGAUAUUCUGUUCUAUUUAUAUUAUUUAAAUAAUAGUAAAACCAUGGACAACUUUCAUCUAGAACAAAGUUGUAAAUAUUUCUUUUACAAAUUGAAAGAACUAUUGAAAAUAUAUGGAGGUAAAUGUGGAACAACAAAAGAUUGUUAUGAAAAAUUACGUCUUAAAAUAUGGAAUGUUUAUUAUUUUGGAGUAGAUAUCCCUAAUAUAUGUCUACAAUAUACCGAAAAUAAUGAUAUUGAUGAAGAUACAUAUACUAAAUUCAAAAAUCUGGAGAAUCUAUAUAAUAUUUAUGGAAAAUUUGAGGAACGUCAGAACAAUUGCCAUUCAUAUACUAUUUUUGAUUCAUUUUUACACUCAAUCGUAAAAAAGUUAAGGAAAAUUAUUAACAAAAAAAGAAGAUUUCAUCAAAAAUUAACGGAUAGUUUUGAUAAGAUAUAUAAUUAUCCAAAUGGCAAUAAUUAUAGAAUUGUAUAUAUCUCGGAAAGCUAA